GAGGUUGGCGUAACCAUAGUGAAGACAACUGAGUUUGUCCAAGGCAGGACAUCCCGAUGGGGGCUUGCUUGGUCUUUCUUGCCUCCCAUACAGAAGUCAUCAAUUUCUUUGCCUGACAAGAAUAACAUGUCCUUCAUGCUUGAGGGACUUCAACGCCAACAUGGUGCCAUUAAUGUGUUGGAAGCUGUCAAGUCUUACUUCUCUUUGCAUGGCCUAUCCUGUACAUUGAAUACCUCCUCUUUCACGGUGGAUGUUGUGGCAUCGAAAGAUGAGUGUGAUUCAAUCAUGAAGAAUGAAUUACCCAUUACCAAUAAAUCCAUGGAUUGUCAACCUACAGGAGAGACAUCUAAUGGAUCAAGUCUGAAUUUCUCUUUGAAUAGAUUAUGCCUUCGAAUAUUGGUUUUUCAGCAAAUCCCUGGGACACUGUUGGUGAAAGGUUCCUUACAAGAUAGGAAUAGCCCAUUAUCAGGAGCAUUCUCAGUGAUUUUCCAAAAACUGGAGGAAGCUUUGAGGAAUAAAUUUUGUACAAAACCAGUGUAGGGUUUUGAUUAUUUGAUUUAUCAUUUGGGACCGAGUGAGUGGAUAUAUUUUGAGAUGUUGCGAAGUUUCGUUAGUGUUAAUUUCUGGUUUUAUGAUUUAUAGAAAACAAUUGACGGUGUUGUUUUGUUGUAAAAAGGAAAUUGUGAGAAAAUUUUGGGUAGAUCAUAUAUACUAUUUCGUGUACCAAACCACCAAGAAUCAUUGUGGUUUGAGAAUUGUA